AUGAAGACGCAGAACAUCAGGACCCUCUCUCUCAUCCUCUCCAUCGUGUGCUACCUGCUCAUCGGAGCCGCCGUGUUUGACGCGCUGGAGUCGGACAGCGAGAGCUCGAGGAAACGUGCUCUGGAGCAGAGGCUGCGCGAGCUGAAGCGCAAGUACGGCUUCACGGAGGAGGACUACGGGGACGUGGAGCGGGUGGUGCUCCAGUCCGAGCCGCACCGAGCCGGGAGGCAGUGGAAGUUCGCCGGCUCUUUUUAUUUUGCCAUCACUGUUAUCACAACAAUCGGUUAUGGCCACGCUGCUCCACGCACUGACGCUGGCAAGGCCUUCUGUAUGUUUUACGCAGUCUUGGGCAUCCCUCUGACGCUGGUCAUGUUCCAGAGCCUGGGCGAGAGGAUCAACACGGCUGUCCGAUACCUCCUGCGCCGGGCCAAGCGGUGCCUGGGAUUACGCAAGACGGAGGUCUCCAUGGGGAACAUGGUCCUGGUGGGUCUGCUGCUGUGCGUGGGCACCUUGUGCAUCGGAGCUGCGGCUUUCUCCCGCUUCGAGGACUGGACCUUCUUUAACGCCUACUACUACUGCUUCGUCACCCUCACCACCAUCGGGUUUGGGGAUUUCGUGGCCCUGCAGAAGACCAACGCGCUCCAAAAGCGACCCCCCUACGUGGCGUUCAGCUUCAUGUACAUCCUGGUCGGGCUGACGGUCAUCGGGGCCUUUCUCAACCUGGUGGUCCUCCGGUUUCUCACCGUCAACGCCGAGGAGCCCGGCGGAAGGGCCGAAGCCGGGGCGGAGGAGGAGGAGGAGGAGGAGCGAGGGACCCGGCCGAAGGUCGCGCCGUCGGGGGCCGAGGCGGAAACCGCCGCUGACCUCUCGGAACCCUGCGCCCCCCUCGGGGCUUUGUUCUCACGCGUGUGCUGUUGUUGCGGCCCGGACAUUUACGAGAGGCCCUCGACGCCUCGCGGCGGCCGCUGCAACCCCGUGUUCUACAACUCCAUCUCCUACAGGGUGGACCACGCCUCUUGCAGCUCCCGCGGCGCGUCGUCACACGCCUCCCCCAGCAGCGGGGCUCUCUUUCUGGGAGAGAACGACCCUCACGCCAGGAGGAAGUCGUUAUAG